AUAUAUAUUUCAUCUGAUGUACUGUAAGCGUCUACGUGAUAUGAUACUCCAAUGUUUCGACACUCACUAAUUCAUACCGUUGGUAUUUCAAAGAGACUUUUAGCAGCAAAUAUUAUGAGUGCUGAAGGAUGUCUAAACCCAAAACGUGCUAUGUCAGACAAAAAAAGAGAGAGAUUAAUUUGGGUCGAUUUAGAGAUGUCUGGGCUAGAUGUAAAUAAAGAACAUAUACUUGAGAUGGCCUGCCUCGUCACAGACCAAGAUUUAAAUAUAAUAGCAGAGUGUGAAGACCUCGUGAUUCACCAGCCACCCACCGUGCUGGACAACAUGGGCGAGUGGUGCAAGGAGCACCAUGGAAAGUCCGGUUUGACGGAGGCGGUACGCAGGAGCCAGAUAUCGCUGAUGGAGGCCGAGGAUCGGAUGUUGAGGUUUGUGAAGGAGCACACGCUGCCGGGGUCUGCGCCUCUUGCCGGAAACUCCGUGCACGCGGACCGUACAUUCCUCGUCAAGUACAUGCCGCGCUUCACCCAGCACCUCCACUACCGCAUCGUGGACGUGAGCACGGUCAAGGAACUCUCUAGACGUUGGUACCCAUCGGAAUUUUCUCGUGCGCCGAAGAAGAAACUGUCGCACAGAGCGCUGGAUGAUAUAAAGGAAAGCAUUGAGGAGUUGAACUAUUACAGACAAAACAUUUUUAAAAUGAAGACUUAAACACUUCCACAUGCAGUCUUCGAGUCACCUAUAAGCACGCGGGUUUGAUAGGUCAGCUGUCCGAGUAGCACGGUGUAUGCACACAGACAGGCGAUGGUCCAAACUCAUGCAUAUGUGUUAUUUACAUUAAAUAUUUCAUUCCAACAAAUGGACGGGGAGGACGAUAAUGCACGUGAAACAUGAUGUAUAGUCCUAAUAUCUAAGUUAAAAUUUUCCACACCGAUUCGUUAUCACUCUAUUUAUGAUUUAAAUAAAUGAGGAUUCGUCUUAAAAGACAAAGAAAACAAAUGUGUUACUAAUUGUUUCAUGUUGACGAUUGUUUUUUUAAAUAAACGGUAUUUAACAUCCAA